AUGUUUUCUAGGUUUUUUUGGCCAAGAAUUUUCAAUUCUUUUCGGAAUUCUUCAAAAAAGGAUAUACCAAAACUUUUCAGAGCGCCUGAUGCCAAAAAAAAUGAAAACUUCAGAAAGCCAGUAUUUGUAGGGGCAGGGAUCACAUUGAUGGCCUCUGUGUCCUUAGUGGAUUUUGAUCCAAUAAAAAAUGCAAGUGUCUCUUCGAAAAGAGCCUACAGAGUAGUAUUAGCUGGUUUCCUUUGCUUUUCAGAUUACAAAAAGAUUCUUUCAAGUUCAUACAUAACGGAAGAGGAACGACAAACAGCGCUCAGCGAAUGCCAUCUGCGGUGCGCUGAACGAUCUCUAAAGGUAUUUGAAGAUAAUGGUGGGAUCUUUAUUAAAAUCGGACAACACUUGUCUGCAAUGAACUACAUUAUCCCAAAGGAAUGGACUAGUACGAUGGUCAAACUUCAAGAUCGAUGUCCUUCCACAUCCAUUGAAGAUGUCGAUCGACUGUUCAAGGAAGAUACAGGAAGUAGCCUAAACGAGCUCUUUGAUGAGUUUAUUCCGGAGCCUCUAGGCGUGGCUAGUUUGGCUCAAGUUCACAAAGGAAAACUCCGUAAUUCAGAUACCUGGGUCGCAGUCAAAAUUCAGCAUCCCUCAGUAACUCAAAAUUCACCAGUUGACCUAAUAAUGACUCGUUGGGUGUUUAGGGCAAUCAAGACUUUCUUUCCCGAUUUUAAAUUGACGUGGCUUGCCGAUGAAAUGGAAGUUUCGCUUCCUCAAGAGCUGGAUUUUACCAGGGAAGCCAUAAACGCUAUCGAGACUAAAGAACAUUUCGCUCAAAUCUCUACAUCCCUUUACGUACCCGCGAUUAUCUGGUCAAAACCUAGAAUCUUGGUGAUGGAAUAUGUUUCAGGAGGCCGCAUAGAUAAUAGCGAAUAUUUCAAACGAAACCAUAUUUCGAAAGACCUUGUUUCUACUGAAUUAUGCCACAUCUUUAAUGAAAUGAUAUUCGGAAAAGGUGGCCAUUUACAUUGUGAUCCUCAUGGUGGAAACGUAUUUAUUCGAAACAAGCCCAAGGGGUCCAAGUCGCCGAGAAACUUUGAAAUUGUAUUACUUGACCAUGGACUAUAUCGAAAUAUUCCAAAUCAAGUACAAGUAGACUACGCUAAUCUUUGGCUGAACAUCAUCGAUUUCAAUGAAGAAAAACUCAAAGUUUACGCCCAAAAAAUAGCAAACGUAUCUGAAAAAAGCUUUCCUUUAUUCGCAGCUGCGAUUACAGGACGACCUUACAAAAGCUUAAAAAGUUUACCCAUGAGCGGGAGAGACAGAGAAGAGGAACAAAAAAAGUUUAUGAAUACCGUCCAGAAAGGAGGUAUGCUUCAAAGCGUUAUUAAUUUAUUAAGCAGUAUGCCUCGAUUAACCCUUCUGUUAAUGAAAACAAAUGACUUGGUUCGCUCAUUAGAUGAAAGUCUACAGACUCACACUGGUUCUGAAAAAAUUUACUUAAUCAUGGCUAGAUACUGUUUAAGCGCAAUCCAUAGGAAUCGCAUGGAAUCGUUAUGGAAUUCACAAUCCCUGUGGCUUACUAAAUUUUUUAAAAGUUCACUAUACAAAAUUGAAUAUUCUUGGAGCAUGUUAAGGUUUUACCUAGCUGAAGACUAUUUUUAUUACAAGCAUAAAUACUUCUAUUGA